CUUCGUUCAAAAUUAUGUUGAUACUAGCCGAUUUGGAUUUCAAAUAAUUGCCGGAGUAUAGAGUCUCGGAAUUUCAGGCGGUAUUUUCCGUCCCUAUUCAUUCUUGAGCUCAAGGCUUUAGCGUUACAAAAGUCGAAGAAAUAUGGUCGAAAUUUUAAGAAUCGCGGUUCUGAUAACCGCAUUGUGUGUCUUGCAGACGUAUGGACAAAUAGAUACCUCGGUGUGCACCGGGUUCGAUCCUUCUCCAAACGAUCCCAAAUUUCCCUCAAUCCCAAGCAGUUUCGAAGUGCACGUAGAGGCCAAUAUUCAAGAUCAUCAGUAUACGUCGGACUUCCACUUGUGGUACGAUUACGACCAUCGUAUGGUUUCGAUGCAUUCUGAUAGUGCCGGUGUUCGAACUGCCGUCAUUUACAACUUCAAUACCAGCCAGUUCAUUGCGACGGAUAGGGACACGAACUUAUGUACCGUCAAACGCCUGGAUGCUUACGUACCGAUGUUUAACAUAUUCGGAAAAAUGGUCGACGGUAACGCGCAAAUGCUGAAUCCUUAUCAAAUGCUCCGAUUCAACGAUCAAGCUGUGAGGCAAAAAUAUAACAACCAGACGACUAUCCGAGGAAUAUUAUGCGACUGGUGGACCUCUUGUUAUUAUUUCGAUACGACGCAGACAACCAUGAAAGUGGAUUGGUACUAUUCCGCCGCUAGUUGGACGACUUCAACACUCAAUCAGGGGGUCCCGGUUAGGGCCUCUGUCGUGGGCAAAAUUAACUCAUCACCCGCAAAACCUCGACCGUUCAACCACAUGUACGAAUUCUUAAACUUCCAAAUAUUGACAACUCCUGGAGGUCGCAAUCCUUUCAUGACCCCGGUGCAUGCGUACUGUGGAGGAGAAACAAGUGUCAAGCCUUUGCCCAAUCCGACGUCAGCGUUCCAUUUCACUGCUGAGAUCGUGAAUCCUAACUCCAAUACUAUUGAUGGAAUAACGGAACAUUUCAACGACGAGCUGCAACUUGGAAGAUACGAUUAUAUUUCCUCUACCGCCCUACCAUACGGCAUAUCGUCCCCGUUGUCGGAAAUCCACGAUUUUUCCACAGGUGUAGCGUACAUCACAGAUAGAAAGCGUGGUAACUGCACAGCCGUGCCUAUUGAAUCGUUGAUGUUUGACGUCAAAAACGUCGACGGUUCGCACGUCAGGAUCCGAACGUCAAAAGAAUUCUUCUACUUUGAUAACACGAACUAUAUUUACGAGGGACAGCGAACAAUACGGGACGUAGUUUGCGACGUCUGGAUCGCCCAGAGGACCGACUGGCCCCUACCCGGGGCUGGCAUCAACUCCACAUGGGAAUGGGCCUUUGCCACGCCGCAGUAUUCCGAAAACCUUCCAGAUACGUUACAGUUCGCCAAUCCGGUUCAACUUUAUAUCGACGGAGGUCCUAACAGCGGAAUUCAAUAUUUCUACAACAUUUACGCUUACAAUGAGCAAAGACCAAGCAUAUGGUCUUACGACAUUUCACCGUGUUACAACUAUACAUCGAGACGGGAUUUUAGCUACAUUCUUGGGGGAAACUAUGACAUUCUUGUGGCCGCGAACAUGGAGGGUUUCCGGUACGCCAAUCUGCGAGCGCUUGUCAAGGCCGGAACUGUAGGUGGGAUGACGCUGUCUGCGCUUCGUAUCUACAAUAUUCAGGCCGACAAAAACAAUGGCACCUCAGUCUCUGUGACCUUCACUUUGCUCGAUAAGGCCCCGAGUGUCGGUGACGUCACCAAGCCUGUUCAAGAGAAUGACCUCUCUACUGUUGCUAACGCCAUCAGCAAUGCCAUCAACAGUGGAAAAAUGAUUGUCACAAUGAGGGAUCCAUCAACCAAUCAGCCGGUCACCUUGACUGCCCAGAUGAACAACCUCAUCGCGACACAGAAAGUCACGAAAGUCCUGUACUAUCGGAACAAUGUGGUCACCGGGCCGAAGACGUCCUCGGGAUCGUCCGGAGGUGCAAUGGCCGGUAUGGGUGUGGCUUUGCUGGUGGUGUUUUUCAUUGGUGGAGUCCUCGCGAUGUACUUUUUCUACCGGAAACAGGGUGGCGCGUUCGGUCCGAAAAAGUUCAACAAUGAGGAUAUUACGGAGAGUUCCGAUUAAAAAUGAUAUUUGUAUAGAUAGAUUGACGCGAAUCUAUGUAUAUAUAAAAGUGAACAUAAUUAUAUUUAUAGAUGGAAGCUACUCUUAUUCUGUUUCGUAUGAACGAAAUUUUGUUUCUUACUAAAAUAGAUUGUAAUGAAUUUUGUUCCCUACAUUAUUGAUUGCAGGAGAUUUAAGUAUUUUUAUCUAGAAAAUGUUCAGUUUGACGUUGUCCAUCAAAAGCAAAGCACCUAUCAAAUUGAAUCGUAUAUAUUUAAGUAUUGAAUCAUUGUGUAAACGACAAAAUUGUGUAAACGUUUGUUUUGGG